UUACACCCAUGAUUCGAAAAUGUUUUGCUUAAAUCCGUUUGAAGGUUAUCUGCCAAUGGAAAAAGGAGAGCUGAUUACUUCAGUUGAAGAAAUCAUGACCCACUCCUGCUCCGAAAUACUCAAAAGAUUGGUGUCUUCCUAUCGCAGCCGGAUUCCAACAGUCAAGAUCGUUUUUCACUUAGAAGAAGCCUUAAAACAUUGCUACUCAGACGCAAACAAGUAUGACGUCAUCGACUGCUCUGAUUUCGUGGGUCAUGCUGGGUUAGCCAAUUUAGUUGUUGCAUGCUGCCAAAAGUUGUCGGAUAACCCAAAUGCAGUUUUUUAUACCGAAAUAAUAACUGACAGUCAUCAUUCGGCCAACAAUAUCGUCGAGACAUCCCUUUGUGCUUCAUUGAGUAUGAUUCCCACCAUUUACGGGUUAAGAUUGGCUGACCAUGUUGAAUUAAGGGAUUCUGCCGUAGAUUACUUGCGUUGCAAUACCCUUCGAAGAGGACGCCCAGUGAUCCUCUGCUGGCAGAAAGUACCAAACUUUCAGAACAUCAAAUUGGUCCCUUCACCUGAUUUAAAUCGAUGCCUUACAAAGCUGGCCAAACUUUGUCAUCAAAUAACAUUACCAAAUCCUGUAUCUACGGUGGAGAAAUGUAGAGGAGGUGAAGUCUUCUACACUCCUCUAACAUUCAACUAUAUUUUGGAUUCAAUGAUCAUCAAGAGACUGGGAAAAGAUUGUUGGUUUCCGGACAUGCGUCUACUUGAAAUCGCUCAUCAAUUCAGUCUGGCAAGAAAAAUUCUGGAGGAUUGGAAGAAUGGAAAGAAAAUGUUGAAAUUUACAGCUGGUGUUCAGUACAUAAGGAAGUCUGCAGUCAGCCAAGAAUCAAAUCCUCUACUUCGGCUAGUUUUUGUCCGUAAAGCUUCUUAUAUGCUCAAUCCUGACUUAUCCGGACCUGAUGUUCUCUACAUCGACAAUUUCGAACUUGAAUUCAAACAUUCUUUAGAAGAAAUCAAAGUGGAGACUUCGUUUUUACUGACUAGUGAUGAUCAUAGUUUUUUCGAUGAAACGUACACUGCGAUUGUAAUCGAUGCUUUCGACGGAAUGCCACUACUACUCUUAGAGUCUUUUAAAUCAAUGCGGGUAGAGGAAUAUCUUGUACCUUACCCGAUCGGUCAAAGCCAAUCUCAACUUCCACUGGAUCCUAAAGAACAAAUGAACAUGAAGGUUGAAAGUUGUAUCGAGUCAGAAGAACAGUACACCCUUAGGAUUGCCAUUGAAUGUGAUGGAAACGUUUCAGGAUUGAAGAUAUCCACUAACGAGAAGGCCCCCUGCGAAUCCUGCCAUGAAGUCACAGUUUCAUUGGCUCAACCCAGCAAAAUCAAACCGUUAUCGCUCACAUUUCCAUUUCCGAUCCUUGCGAAAAAUGUUCAAGCGACGCUCCAUCCAAAAAGUCGACAUGUCGAUUUGUUGUUGAAGAAAUCCCUGCUGGAGCCCUGGCAGUGCGAGUUUCACAAUAAAAAGUCUAAAUGGAUAAUUGGCGAUUUAGUUCCCUGGAAAAACAAGCCACUCACCCCUGAAAAUGGAUUCCACAACAGUUUAGAACACCAUCUGAGCAGUCAACUGUUAUCUAAGAAUAUCAAUUCAGACCAUUUUCUUGAUUCAAAGUGUUCUGCUUUGGAUAAAUUGCGUCUCAAGCUUGUAGCAUUGAUGUCCGGUGAUGCUGAAUUUGUCAGUUACGGUCGAAAUGACGAUUGGUACCUACUGAAACUCCAUCGGCCCCUUCUUACUUCCCCAACGGGAACUCCAAUUUUGCUGAUUACGGCUCUCCAUGAUAAUCUUACGCCAAAAUUUGGACCGGAAUUUUUUACGAUUAACCCAACUGUGCCUAAAGAAAAAGAAACGGAUCAGUGUAAGAUUUUUGCGAAAGUUUUUCCAGUUGGGACACCCAAUGACAUUAAGAUGGAAAUGGAUGCUGAGACCGACGAAGAAUUUCAAUUGUUUCGUUUUCUCCUGCGUUCAAAUUCAACUAGAAUCGAGCCCAGCAAAUGGCAGAAGAAGAAUAUUCCUCUAGGAGGUCGCAGUCCUUGGCUUGCUACUUUCCUUUCGCCUCUCUACCAGGAUUCCGUAUCGAAGGAAAGCAUCAAGGAUGAACUAGCUGACGAGAAAUGCUGUGUCGUUUGUAAGAAAAUACCUGAGAAGUUGAAGCGUUGCAGUCGUUGCCGUUCCGCUGUUUACUGCAGCGUCGAGUGUCAACAGUCUCAUUGGCCAACUCACAAGCACAUCUGCAAGAAAUUGUAAUUUGGUCGAAACUCAAUGCAGCUUAAUCCUAGGAUGGCUUUAGUUCACGGAAAACUCUUGAAGUCUUGAUGCACAGUUGAAACGUUUUUGUAUUGAAAAAUCAAGAUUACACUUUUUAUUACAUCUA